UCUUUGGGUCUGCUGCCUAGCAACAGACAUUAGCGAGCUAGCCAGUUGCCUGGCUAGCUACUCUCAUGCGCAAUGUAGUUAGCUGGAACAUAGGCUCGCGGAUAGGUAGCUAUACGUUUUCAUCCCGUAAAUGUCACAGCUUUGACCCAGUUAUCGACGUUAAUUAAACUUUGUCUGUUGUCUUAAAGCGGAGAACAAUCUGUCUGUGCCGUCGGUAGCUAGAUAUCAUUAACUUGAGGGUAAGGUUCGUUUCUCUGUGAAAAGUGGCUAACCUUAGCUAAGUUACGUUAACUUAACCAUAGCAGCAGAGUCACACUCGUCUCUUCUUGCCACAGUCAAGAGCAGGGAGGGAGCAGUAGAUAUGUGAUUUGGGGUUAACCGGCUGGUUAGCUCAUCUAAUGUUGGCGGACACCAGAUGAGCUGCAACGCGAUUUUAUUGGCAGAGUGGAAUUGACAAAACCAGCCUGACGUCAACACCAUGUUGGAGGAGGACAUGGAAGUGGCCAUCAAGGUGGUCGUGGUCGGCAAUGGAGCUGUUGGCAAGUCUAGUAUGAUCCAACGUUACUGCAAGGGUGUCUUCACUAAGGACUACAAAAAGACCAUCGGAGUGGACUUUCUGGAAAGGCAGAUACUUGUAAAUGACGAAGAGGUCAGACUCAUGCUGUGGGACACUGCUGGUCAGGAGGAGUUUGACGCUAUUACCAAGGCCUACUACCGUGGUGCUCAAGCAUGUGUUCUAGUCUUCUCUACCACAGACAGGGAGUCAUUUCAGGCUAUUGACAGCUGGAGGGAGAAGGUGGAGGCAGAGGUCGGAGAUAUUCCCACAGUUCUAGUGCAGAACAAAAUUGACCUGCUGGAAGAGACCGUUAUAAAAAACGAGGAGGCAGAAGCUUUGGCUAAAAGGCUGAAGCUGCGAUUUUAUCGAGCUUCAGUAAAAGAGGACCUUAAUGUCAAUGAGGUAUUUAAGUACUUAGCUGAGAAGUAUCUUCAGCGGCUCAAACAGCAAACAGCGGAGGAGACAGAGGUGGUCCAUACAACAAGCAAUAAAAUAGGUGUUUUUAAUACCACAAGUAGUAAUGUGUGCAACCAGAGCUCCAGCAACGGCAGAGAAAUCAUCACUUUGCGACCUAACAAACAAAGAACCAAGAAAAAUAAAAAUCCUUUUGGAAGCUGCAGCCUACUCUAGAUAGACAUUUCAUUUUAGUGACUUGACUGACUAUUGUUUCUGAGACUAGGUCAUUGUUGUAUUUUGUGGGGGUAGCCACAUGUAGAGACCAAAGCCCAUACAGAUUGGGAAAAAUACUGCUCUAUACUACUUUUAAUAACCAGAUGUUUAAUCUGAAUGCUAUGUUGCUGUCCACACAUUUAUAGUUGACUUUCCUUUGAUUCAGCGUUGGACCUCCAUCAGUGAUAUGUGCACAAAGCCUCUCAGAAAAGGGAUGGUUUGGGUUUUUUGAAGUGGGGUUGUACGAGGUACUUUUAAUGAGUAGAUGGAGAUUGGCACGCUUCCAGUUUGGAGAAGCAGCAGGAGCACCAGUGUAGGAUUGCAUGGGUCCAGACCUUUAAUUUCACCCACUCCACCGACUUGACAGUUUCUUCUAGCAACAUGACACGAAACAGUGGUUUCUGGUCUGAAAAAGCAGAUGAUCCAGUGAGCGCAGCGGGGGACUAAUGAUUAGCCACUCAGCGGCAUGGGCGGGAAUAGCGGCAUUGUCAUGCUGUUGUCAAGUUGUGUGCCAGAUCCAAGGAGGAGUGAUAACAACAUUGGCCAUCGCCGUAGAAAAGAUAGACGCUGCUAUCAGGGCUGUUCUUCACUGGAUAUUAUGGUUUGUUUUUACCUCGCUCCGUUCCACUCUUAAAAUCCCAGCAAAAUCAGCAUGUUGUAGAUAAUAUUCAUUAAUGUAGAAUUAAAAUGAUUUUAGACUGAAGUGGAUACUUUGGUCUCGAGCGCCUGGUUAAGGAAAAUUGAACCUCUCUCCCCCACAUAAUUUGGUUAGAGUGGAGGCAAUGUCAGACUGUAGAUGGAAACGGAGUGUAAUGGGAAAAGAAAGGACUGUUUGAUGGUAAGGCAAAGCAAUGAUAAUGUUCUAAAUAUAGCCCUCACUUCACAGAUACUUUGAUUUUUUCCUCUUAAGUGGGACUUUUUUUUUUUUUUGUCAGCUAAAAUAUGUUUUUCUGCUGCUCCCGUCCACAGCAGUACAUUAGCUUCCUACACCUGUACACCGCUUCUCUAAACUGGAGGCGUGCUGACCUCCAUCUACACUACUGCUGCUUACUGUGGAUAAGCACCUCAUACACCGUCACUUCACAAAACCAGAAAUAUCUCGUGAAUUUAUCGAAACCCCAAAAAACAAGACGGUUUUUACAGUCACAUUCCUGUUUUUAACAUUUCAGAUGUCCAGUAUAUUUGCAUGUAUUGUAAAAGAUACACAGAUUAUUUUGUACCAUAUUUUUAUAGUCUGUCAACAGAAUAUGGUUCAAACUAUACUGUUUAUCGUGGACAAAACUACGGAAUCCAGAGUUGAUUCUCUGUGCAGAAGUAUUUUUGUACGAAUCGCAGCAGUGUUGAGUGAUAUUUUCACUGAAGUGUUGACAUAGUGCCAAAUUUCCUCUUUCUGAGCUGUAGUGAAACUAAUACUGCAGCGAUAUGGAUGUAACAUGAAAUUAGUACAAUGUGCUCCUAUGUAUAACCAAAUAUCAAUAACUAUUGACACAGAAUAGUUCUCUAUAUGUCUGUGUACACUCUACUAUCUAUAUUAUUUGUUAACCAAACGGUAAGACUUCACAAAGUCUGACUUUGUGAUGUAGAACACAAGCUGAAUUAAUGGUACUCUGCUCUAUGAGUGUUUGUCCCUCCACUCACAAUCAGUUGCAGCACUAUGUUUUUGAUUGCAGUUGUUGACAUUUAACAUAUUUUGCAUUUAAUUUCUUUAACUUUGGUACAGCUUUGAGUAACAGAUAGGUCAGCCUCAGAGUGAAGGAGUUUCAGUACUUACUAUAUAAUCAGAUUUCACAAUAUUUCUGACAUUUUCAGACACUAAACAAACAAACUCAAUUCUGUUUUUGUGUUGGCUUCUGUAGUACCUAAUCAGUUACCACUUUUUAAAUCUCACUCUGCUCCUUCUUGAUGGAAAAAGAGAGGAGGAGUGAAAGUUGGAAAUACGAAAAGCUCGCUGCUCGGUGGUGUCUGUCCCUGUUUAAGCUCUCUGAAGGGACGAGAAGCUGACCACCAGGCCCAGAUAUUUUGCUUGUGUGCCUGAAUAUGGAGGAAAAUUCACUUUCUUCUUAUUACAUGAGGGUACUCCAAAAAGAUGUCCCACACUAAUACACUUAGCUGUGGAUCAUGUGUUACUGCCUUGUCUGUAUCAAGCCUUUUAAUUUUUCUUUGUCGAACUCAUUUAAUGAAAGACGAGGGUUUACCACGCACAAAGAUGAGUGUAUGUGGUGACGUGGAAAAGUCUUAAAUCUCCUGUGUGAAAUUAUGAUCACUUCCCUAUUAGUUGUUACAAUUCUAAGUGUUUUACAUGGGAUUACGAUACAUCUGGGAAUAAAUGUGCAAGCACGUUUUUGUCUUUUUAAAAAGUUCCCAGAUCUCUGUUCUCACAUUCAAAUGAACUUGAAUCUCAAGAAGUUCAGAUGGGACUGAACUCAUUCAUAGUCUGAAAAUAAAAACUGGUGCUUAAAAUGUAGACAAAUCACGUGAGAACUCCAAGGCACCCGUUUUUUUAACAGUGAAAAUGCCUUUAUUGUCAUGUGUGAUCCAAAAGCUCAUUUCAGCAUCAAGCCUUCAUCGAGUGCUUAAAAUAUGUUCGGGUUAUACCUUCGGCACCAGGAUUGUGUCACAUUUCAAGCGUUCUCAUUUAGUGGUAUGUAAACAGUGCUAUUCUGAGAAAAAAAGAAAGCGUGGAUUAACCGUGCAUGCAAGCCUUUUUUCCACAUCAGUGAAUGUCCAACCAUGGUUGCAAUGCCACAAUGCCUUGUCCGCGUUUACAUGCUCCACCAGUAAGCAUUUUAAUCCCAUCCCUACUCUUGCUGUUUGUUUUGAAUUGCCUGCAAAGUAAAUGUGUAAAUAACGAUUUCUUGAGCUUUCUCUUAUUUGUAACAUUGUGUUUACUUUGCCUUUUUGCUUUUUGACUGAAUGGAGUUAGUGCACUUUAUCAUUAAGAUGGCAUAUAAUCCGAAAGAACCACGAGUUAAAACUAACCAUACUUAUGUGCUGUCACUCAGGUGUUGUAAUGAUCUUUGUGUUUUACUGUUACUCUGCUCUUUCACACAUUUAGAUAGACAAACCAGCACAUGUUUGCAUUCAAUCAGACAAAAACAACUCUGUUGGAUCUUUGUUUUAACAGUUAAAGAUGUAUCACAGUUUGAAAUGUGCCACACAGCUGCGCACCUGAUGUUCUGUUUGGGGGGGAUUGAUGGUAAUCUGACAUAAAUAAACCUUUACUUUUUUUCUUGGG